AAGAACCGGGAAGAAGAAGAAGAAGAAGAAGAAGAAGAAGAAGAAGAAGAAGAAGCGUAGCGCAAAGAAGUAAAGCACGGAAGUUUAAUUAAUCGUAUCAGGCAGCCUUGUUGUCUUCCAUCCACCAGUUUAAUUCACUGGAAGGCCUGCCAGCAGCUACUGUGAUAUGAUGGUGAAGACAGCACUCAGCAGAGGCAUCAGUGCCCACCGCCUCUGUAAGAAUGUUACCUUAUACAUGAAUGAGUUAACAUCUCAAUCUGCAGGACGUCAGAGCCAGAUCUCUGAGGAUCAUAAACCCCUUAUGCUGAUGCUGCCGUGGUUGGGCUCACGACCCCAAGCCGUGGCCAAAUAUUGUGAAAUCUACUUCCGCACUGGCUUUGACGUGCUUGUAGUGGAGAGUGAGGUGAAAGACUUCCUUUGGCCUCGCUGGGGUCUGGAUCGUGGAAAGACUUUGCUGGAGUUGCUCCAGAGUGAACGCUUUAUGUCCCGUCCCCUGCUUGUUCAUGCCUUUUCUAUUGGUGGAUACACAUUCGCUCAGCUGCUGGUACAUAUGUCCCAGGACAAAGAAAAAUAUCAGGCGGUCACAAACAGGAUCAAAGGUCAAGUCUUUGACAGCUUGGUGAUAGGCUCACUAGAGCAGAUGGCCAUAGGUCUGGGUAAAACUGUAUUUCCUCGUUGGGAAACGUUGGUAAAACAAGUAAGCCUGCUAUACUUCAGCAUAUUUAAACGGCAAACAGUGGACUACUUCAAGACAGGCAUCGAUGUGUUUUGGAAUACUCCAGUCAGGUCUCCAGUGCUGUUCUUCUUUUGUGAAAACGAUGUGAUGAGCGAUGCACGAACUGUAGAGGAAUUGAUGGUUUACUGGCAGAAGCGUGGGAUGGACAUCACAGCAAAGAAGUGGGAGGAUUCAACACAUGCAUGUCAUUUAAGGAGGUACCCACAGGAGUAUCUGGCAACCUUAGACACGUUCCUCCACUCACUCCACAUCACCCCACUGAAGGCCAAGAUGUGAUCAUUCCGACCAAAUUCCAUACUGGUUCCACAUUGUUUUGUCUUUUUUCCUCUUUAGUAUAUUCUGAAGUUCAGCAAUUACUAGAACAUGUGAUGGGUUUGUCCCACUUAAACUACUGUUUUUGAAUAAAUAUUUUUUUAAAGAUUAUUUAGAUACCUCCAUCUAAUGCAAUCCUAUCUUGAACCACAGAGGAUGUAUGGAGUAAUAAUAUAAUAAGAUAGAACAUAAUUCUUCAUUAUCAAUGUUCAAAACUGUUACAGUAUUUUCAUAUCAUUUUUCUGUUUACAUGGGUACACUUACCAUCCACACCUGCAUUUAGAUGAUUAAUGUUAUAAUAAAAAAAACGUAUUUCUGGGGAAUGUGGUUGGAAUUGUGCAUUAUAAAUGGCAGCAAUGGUGCACAGUGAUACUGUGUUAAGAUGGCCGCACUGGUUUAGUAGGAUAAUCUUGCACCAACUGAGAUUCUUCCACUACUUUCUCUAUUCAUUAGUCUUUGUUCUUUUUGUAAUAGUAGAGCCGAGAGCAUCAAAUGCAACACAUAAACUCUGUUUCAAUACAAAGAUAAGAUGUGCCUUUGUAUACAUGCAGGGUUUAAGCAGUGAAGCUGCUCAGUUUUAUGCAUUCUUUGUUUUUUUUUGGGUGAGUUUUUGUCUUUGCAUUUCAGUCAUAUAUUCACAACAC